AGGCGCCUUGAUAUUGUUGUUGCUCUCUCGAAUUCAUGGUUACGCGCGCUUGGAGCAAAUCGACAAACAAGUUACAACGAAUUACAUGGCUUAUAUAUUUUAGCUGCCUCGUUACCAAAAAAAAAACUACUGUGUGUCAGUGUCGAUAGUUCAAACUGUUACAAUUUGUUAUUUUUUUUCUGUCUCUAUCUCCUGUUCGAUAUAAAUUCGAUUUCGUUUCUUUUUUUUUCUUUCGUCGAAGCAUUUUGUUUUCCUUUGUCCGUGUAAUGUUCGUUGAGUGUGACGUUUAAUUUUGGUUGUUGAGUUUUUACUUGUUUGUUAAAAUAACGGUGCGUUUUGAAUAUGUGUGAUUUGGAAAGAACUUCAGUGACGAUAACACGCAAUCUCAUUUACAUACAUCAACAAAUGGGCAAUUGAUCUCACCUAAUCGUAAUUAGAAUACAACAUUGGCCCAUAAAUCGUCGACAAUUUAUGUGUUUGGGAAAUUAAUAUAUUUUACAACAACAACAACACCGACGACGACUACGACUACGACGACGACGACAACGUCCACGACGAAUAAAUUAACCACAACUGCACGAAUUAAGGAAGCAAUCAUCCCCCUCCCCUUGAACAAAAUAGAAAGAAACAGAAAUUACCACAAAAAAAAUAAUAACACACGAAAAUGUAUAACAAAUUAAAUGGCUACACUCCAUUUAGGUCGAGUAGCGGCCGAAUGUGGGGAAUGUCACAUUCGAUGCCAACCGGAAUGUCACUUUACGCUGACUACAACCACUUAUCGCCGCCGCCGACGUCACCGCUGCUGCCCACAUCAUAUACCACACAUUCGCUGUCGCAGGACACGGAUUUUUCAUCACAGUAUUUGUCGCGGCAUCGCUUCGAUUUGCCAUCGAGUAGUAGUUCAUUUGGUGCAGGCGCAUACAUGUCGACAUCAAGCUCACAAUCAUUAGCCGCUGGUGCUAAUUUCGAUCCAAAUUCAGCCGGAACGAACCUGAUCGUUAACUAUUUACCGCAAGAUAUGACGGACCGAGAGUUGUACUCUCUGUUUCGUCACAGUGGACCCAUUGAAUCGUGCCGUGUGAUGAGAGAUUUUAAGACUAAUUAUAGUUUUGGCUAUGGUUUUGUGAAUUUUGUCAGCGAAGAAGGCGCACGACAAGCAAUCAAGACACUCAACGGUAUCACCCUACGAAACAAACGACUUAAGGUUUCAUUCGCUCGGCCUUCUAGCGAAGACAUAAAAGAUACAAAUUUAUACGUUACAAAUCUUCCGCGAAAUGUAACCGAGGAUCUGAUCGAAACUAUUUUUGGCAAAUACGGUAACAUCGUACAGAAGAAUAUCCUGAAGGAUAAAAUAAGCGGUAAACCACGAGGAGUAGCAUUCGUGAGAUUCAAUAAGCGAGAAGAAGCGCAAGAGGCGAUUUCCGCGUUGAACAAUGUGAUACCAGAGGGUAGCAGCCAGCCGUUGACCGUAAGGAUUGCCGAAGAGCAUGGCAAACAAAAGGCGAACAUGUUCUAUGGACAGCCAGCGAUGCCGAUGAACAUGAUGAAUAACUACAUGAACAACUUCAAUCAACAAGUGCCGUCGUCCAAUGUGAUGCGUGGAGUUGGAUCGGAUUUGUACAGCAGGAGAAAGAAUUAUUCUUCGUAUCUGUAUUGAAAUUAAAAUGCUAAAGAACAAAUCGAUUCGAAUUGGGAUUAGAAGAAUAAUGGUCUCUCGUCGCCAGCAAUCGCCAAGAGAAAUCCAAGCCCCUCCUUGGAUGUGUUUCAAAAGAAAGAAAAAAAAACGUUUAAAAACUCCAACGAAAAUAACAAUCAAUGCAAAUUACAUAACGACAUUGCAUGAUAACAACCACAACAACAACAACAAAACAACCAAAACAACAGCAGUAACAACAAACAACAACAACAAAAAAUUUAACAGAUAUGCUAACGAAUACAAUAAAGCGUACAAUUGUAAUAAUUUAAUUUUAAAAAAAUCACAAUAAGCCUAGGAUAACCAAAUAUCCCGCUAGCAAAAGCAAAAUAAAAACAAACAAACCAA